AUGUCACACUUAACGCUCCCCAUAAUUCUUGCUCCUUUGCCCAUUGGGUUUGCUGUCUUCCUAGUUCACUUGGCCACCAUCCCCAUCACUGGCACUGGCAUCAACCCUGCUAGAAGCCUUGGAGCAGCCAUCAUCUACAACAGGGACCAUGCUUGGGAUGACCAUUGGAUUUUCUGGGUGGGGCCCUUCAUUGGAGCUGCUCUUGCUGCCAUGUACCACCAGGUGGUCAUCAGAGCCAUCCCCUUCAAAAGCAGGUCCUGAUCAGAAAUAAAAACUCAGAAGCCCCCCUCUCUCUCUCUCUCUCUCUCUCUCUCUCUCUCUCUC